AUGUAUCCAAAUGAAUCUCUCUUCUCACUGGUCCUGACAUUACACUCUCUGGAACUGCCUGAGACCAGCAUUUAUCCUGCAUUCAUAUUUGGAUUAACAAUUUACUUGUUCAUCUUACUCUGCAAUGUAACAAUUGUUGUCACCAUUUGCUUGAACAGGAAUCUUCACAAACCAAUGUACAUACUGUUGCUUAACAUGCCUAUCAAUGAUGCAAUGGGUGCUACAAACCUUUUUUGUCAGCUUCUGUAUAGUAUAUUGUCUCAGGACACAUCCAUAUCCUACCCUGCAUGUUUGCUUCAAGGCUUUAUUGUACACCUGUAUGGUAGUGCAUCCUAUGUUAUUCUUACCGCUAUGGCCUAUGACAGGUAUAUCGCUAUCUGCUCUCCACUGAGAUAUGAAGCCAUUAUGAAUACCAGUAACUUGGUGAAAAUCAUAUCUGGGAUGUGGCUUUUUAAUUUUGCUGUAAUAAUUGUUAUUUUCUUUCUUUUUCUGAAUUACAAGAUUUGCCAGACACACAUGACAGAUCUUAUCUGUUAUAAUCCAUCUAUAAUGAAACUCAUGUGUGAAGACACAAAAGUGAAUAAUAUCUAUGGAUUGUUUACCCUGGUUUUGUACCACAUCCUUGCAUUUUCUGUUGUGGCAUUUACAUACAUUCAUAUAUUAAUCACCUGUGUUACUAAUAAGCAGUCUGAUGCAAAGAAAAAGGCACUUCAGACAUGUGGCACUCAUUUAGUUGUCUUCCUGUUCUUGGAGUUCAACACUCUUUUUCCCCUUGUUGCACAUCGGUCGGAAAGUGUUCCCGCUUACAUACGCAGGAUGUUUUCUAUAACAGUUUUUGUGCUGCCUCCUCUUGUCAAUCCACUUGUGUAUGGUUUUAAAACUAAAGAGAUCAGACAGAAAUUUCUAGCCUGUUUCAAGGGUAAGAUACAUAGUAUUUGA